AUGUUCAAGUUUUUCGCUCUGUGCCUGUGCGCCCUGUUGGCCGUUGCCUGUGGCAAGCCGCAAUUCCUGACCGCCUACAGUGCGGCCUCGCCCGUGGUGGCUGCCACGCCCUACGCCUACUCCGGCGGAGUCUACGCACCGGCCGCCUACAGUGCCGCCUACACCAGCGGCGUCUAUGCCUCGCCCUACGCCUACGGCGCCUACCCCUACAGCUCGGUGUACCUGAGACGCUGA